AUAAAGGGAGGUUACUCCAAAUAGUGUUACCAAAUCAUUAAAAUUUCAGAUGCUAUGACAAAAAGUGGACUGACUGCGCUCUAGAUGGAGCUUCGUAAGAACGACUUCAAGAAGUUUAGAAAGACUACAACAUUAGAAGCCCGUUGACCUGAAGAUGUUUACUAUGAGUUCCCCAGGGGAGUCCUAUCUGAAGUGUGAAAUCUGCCUUGCCAGUUUUCGGAGCAAAGAAGAUUUUGAGACCCAUGAAGAAGAACACAUCCUGAACACUGAGAUCCCUGGGGAUAUGAGGUCUCCAGGUCCAAGUGCAGCAGCAUCAGGUCUAAUCUAUGUCUGUCCAAUAUGCCAGGAAGACUUUCUGUCUGAUGAUCAUCUGAAAAAGCAUGCGCUGUUGCACCACGGUGUAGAAUCACUGGAUAGUGAAGUGUUAUCAAAUGAAUAUGAUCUUCCUGAAUACAAUGCACCGAAGAAUUACAAGCAUGGCAGUGCAGGGACUUCCUUGUCUGAUGGAGAUGCUGGUGACAAUACACUGUUGGGGACAGGGGAGGGAUGUUCCAUGUCUGAUAGUGAAGAUGCUUGUGUCACUACUGUGUUUGGUGAGAUGAGCGAGGGAGUCCAUUCAGUCACAACCAAGACUGGAGUAUCUCAGACAGGCAAGAGACCUUUCUCUUGCAGCUUUUGUGACAAGUCCUUCCUGCGUAAAUUUGACCUCAAACGUCAUAAUGUCACUCACACAGGGGAGCACAGCUUCCGAUGUGGAACAUGUGGAUUAGGGUUUCUGGAUUCAUGUGGACUCAAGAUCCAUUUACGCACCCACACUGGAGUUAAACCGUACAGCUGUGGAGUAUGUGGCAAGGCUUUCUCGCGGCAGCAUGAUGUCAAACGGCAUUCAAUCAUACAUGCCAAAUCUCGGAUUAAGUGUAAAUGUAUGGUCUGUAAUUUGAAGUUUAAUGAUCUUACACAGCUAACCAGACAUUUCAUUUUCGCUCAUUCAGAAGGAGAUGAUGUUGCAUGUUACAUGUGUGAUUCGACUUUCAAAACUAAAGAAGAGGCUUUCAGACAUGUAGAAGAAUCACAUCCGCAGAAGGAAAUUGAAUCCAACUCCAAGGUAGCACUUGCAGACCAGGAUGAAGAUCAGAACGACUAUUUUGAUUGUGCCACAGGGCUGAACAAAUGUCCUGUAUGCGAGAAGCUAUUCACGCGGAAGACGGAUGUAAAGAGGCAUUUGAAAACACACACAGGACACAAGGAUUUCAUAUGUGGUAUUUGUGGAGUGAGUUUCAUGGACUGUUCGGGAUUGAAGGUACAUUUAAGGACUCAUACUGGAGAGCGCCCUUUUCGGUGUCAUGUCUGCGAAAAGAGCUUCAACAGAGGCUAUGACCUCAAGCGGCACAUGACAAUUCACAAAGAUGAGCAAAUCCUUAGCUGUAGGGUAUGUGAUUUGAAGUGUGAAAAUAUCCCCAGUCUUAAUGAGCAUCUCCAAACACAUAAAGAGGUUGUAGAGAAAUCACAAGAUGAUAACAAUCACGAAUCUGUGUCAGAAGAUAUGGAUAAUCCAGAGGAUGAGUCAGAUCCUGAGCUUGGAGAGCCAGAAAACAUUUCUCCCACCAAAAUGUUUUUCUGUCAUGUUUGUACAACUGGAUUCAGCCGUAGUCACGAUUUGAAACGACACGUAAGCAACUUCCAUCCUGGAGAAUAUUUUUUCAAAUGUGACAUCUGUGGUUUCCAGUUUGAUAACCGUCAAGAUCUGAAACAUCACAUGAAAUCCCACUCCACCCGGCAUGUCACAUGCUAUCUUUGCAACACUGACUACGAAUCAGACUCCAAGUUACAAACUCAUCUGAAGUUCCAUACCGGGGAAAAUCAACAUGAAUGUGUCAUCUGUAACAACAUGUUCUUUAAUUCCUAUGAUCUAAAACGACACAUGAUGUCCCACACUCAGGAAAAGCCUCACAAAUGUAGCUUGUGUUCGUGUAAAUUCUUCGCUGCAUGUGAUCUUAAAGUUCACCUUCGCACCCACACAGGAGAAAAGCCGUACUCCUGCCCUUCAUGCUUCAAAGCUUUUAACCGUAAACACGACCUGAAGAGACACACUGUGGUGCACAACAAGACUCCAUCUUGAAUAUUGUACAUUUUCUUUUGAAAAUAGUUUUGUUGGUUUCUCAAGGCAACUAACCAGGUAUUUGCACAUAUUGUAUUUUGCUAAAAGUAUUUAUUUUCUAACUUUUUGUAUACACUUUCAUCUUGUCCAUAAAGAAUCUACUUUGAUGGAUUCUUGAGACAAUUUACCUUUGAAUCUUGUUAUCUCACUCCCAAGUCGACUGAAGUUCAUGUGAAGAAGAACUUUCACCAUUGCAAUAGUGUGGGUUAUUAUUGCGAUAUAAUUGCAAUAAUAAAAUAGCCCAAAUAGUCAUCCCUCUUAUCAUGAUUAUGGUAUUUACAUUUGGGGAUAAUACCAGUUUACCAGAGUUUACCCCGACUCACAAACAUAGGGGUCCUGAAGACCCCUAAUUAUUAGUUUUAAGGGUCCUUGCAGGCAUUGAGGGUCCUGUGAAUGAAUGGUGUAGAGAACUGUAUGUUUUGAUAAUUUCUUUAGAGCCUGGAAUGAAUCAUUGAUCAUGUGAACUGAUGGGUGAAAUGAAAGAAAAAAAACAAAUACAUGUCAUAGAUGUGUUGUGGGUACAGUGAAUAAUAUGGUGUGUCCCUCUGGAAGCAGUGAAAAUUUUUUUUCUCGUCCAUUCUCUACAUUUGUGCAUACUCUUGUAAAACCCUUUACAGUUAUCUCAAUCCUUCACUAGCUAGCCAAAACCUUCAAAAAGUACCUCUUAAUACAAAACCAUUGGAACAUUUUCACAAGGAUUCAUACUAUUACAUGCCUCUUUGUAUGUUACAAGUUGAUAAUUGUUAGGUGAAGAAAAUGCACACGUGACCCAGGCAUGCUGCAAUUUUGUGUGUAGAGUUGUGUCCAUUUGAUAUGAUAGAAUCCAUUGGACAGGAGUUCAAUCCCAGAUGUUUCUUCAUUAUGAUCAUUUGUGUCAGUACAAUACUGAUGGGUGUCACAUGAGUGAGGUUUUAAUGAUCAGUAAGUAUUUGGGUUACUGGA